CACCGCACAAACCAAAUCCCGCUCCCACAAAUUCCGGAAACGCAACGCCGCCGUUCGACUUCGAGAUGCUUCCUAGGGUUGCGCCGUCUCCGGCCACCGCCGCCGCCGCGGUUGGCCAGCUCUCUGGUGCGGGGCUCACCUCCGGUUCGGUGAGGCUGCCGGGGGUCCUGCCGUCUGCGGCAGGGUCGGCGGUCUGCUGCAGGGCCGCGGCGAAGGGGAAGGAGGUGCUCAGCGGCGUCAUGUUCCAGCCGUUCGAGGAGCUCAAGGGCGAGCUCUCCCUCGUGCCGCAGGGCAAGGACCAGUCGCUCGCCAGGCACAAGUUCGUAGACGAGUGCGAGGCCGCCCUCAACGAGCAGAUCAAUGUGGAGUACAAUGCCUCGUACGCGUAUCACUCCCUCUUCGCCUACUUUGACCGCGACAACGUUGCUCUCAAGGGAUUUGCCAAGUUCUUCAAGGAAUCAAGCGACGAGGAGAGAGGACACGCGGAGAAGCUCAUGGAGUACCAGAACAAACGCGGAGGAAGGGUGAGGCUCCAGUCAAUUGUCACACCCUUAACGGAGUUCGACCAUCCCGAGAAAGGUGAUGCCCUCUAUGCAAUGGAGUUGGCUCUAGCUCUUGAAAAGCUGGUGAAUGAAAAACUGCACAACCUGCACAGUGUAGCUACUAGGUGCAAUGAUCCUCAGCUGACCGAUUUCGUUGAGAGUGAAUUCCUUCAGGAGCAGGUUGACGCCAUCAAGAAGAUCUCUGAGUAUGUGUCGCAGCUGAGAAGAGUGGGCAAAGGCCACGGAGUGUGGCACUUCGAUCAGAUGCUGCUUGAGGAGGCGGCUUGAAGGACAUAAUGACGGACGGGCAAGGGAAGAUGUAGGUGUCAAAUGUCAAGUAGUGGAGAUAAGCCAACGACUGGAUGUGGUUUUGGGGGAGUUUUGCAGUCGGGUUUGUAGGGUGCUAUGCUGUUGUGUUGGGAUUUGAAAUAAAACGAAGGGAGAUGUGCCACCCUCUUAAAUGCCAGUAUUCUGCUCUAAUCUUGUCAAAUUAACUUGUUGCAUCUUGGAGUAUGUCUACUUCUUACAGUGAUUAUCGAGGAGGAGUAAAAUAGUUGUUUCCUGU